CACCUAUUUUAAACCCCUCAACCAAACGGUUUUCUACGGCUUCCCAGCUCAGCACCACAAACAUCUGAAGACGUUCACUGUUGUGAAGACGGAGGAUUUAACACAAAACGCCAGAAAUACUACACGACUCGGCGUCACUGUAUAAUCGAGCAUUUGUGUCCACAGAUGGCCAUGGACGGACUGGGCAACAAUAAGAGCAUGUCAUACAGUCGAUGGAGUUAUGACAGCACAUUGGAUGAUGAGGGCACGAACCUACGACAACAGAAGCUGGACAGACAGCGAGCUCUGCUGGAACAGAAGCAGAAAAAGAAACGUCAGGAGCCCCUGAUGGUGCAAUCUAAUCUGGACGGGCGGUCUCGAGUGCGCAGGACGCGGCAGUCGGAGGAACAGGCUCCCCUUGUGGAGAGCUACCUCAGCGGCAAUAGCAGCACCAUCUACCACGUACAAGAAGCGGAACAGGAAGAAGUUAAAGCCGUAGCAGAGGUUCAGGCCCCUCGCUCGGCUAAAAAAAUCCAAGCCGCUACCUCCACUCCUCAGACUGGCAGCGCCAAGAAGGAGAAAAAGGGCAAGCACAAAGGAAUUGAUGGGCCCGCUGCCUUCCAGGAUGAGGGUCAGGAGCUGGGCAACCAGAUUCAGAUCCUGACAGUGGGCCACUCACCUGCCCAGGAGAGCGAGGCAGAGGGCCAGGGUGAGGCAGUGGGCAGCACACAGUCACAGGGCAAACAGGACCUACGGGUCACCAUGCUGAAGAAAGGAAUCUCCAGUAGCAUGAACUUCGAUGAAGAGGAUGAUGAAGAUGAUUUGGUCAGCUCAAGUUCAUCUCAGCUCAACAGCAACACAAGACCUGGAUCUGCCACCAGCAAAAAGUCCAGCAAGGAGGCGACCUCAGCUUCCACCCCAUUGGCCAAUGAACCGUCCAUCGACGUUGAUGACCUGGAGGAGUUCACUCUCAGACCCGCACCCCAAGGAGUGACUGUGAAAUGCAGGAUCACUCGGGACAAGAAGGGCAUGGACAGGGGCAUGUACCCCACCUACUACCUCCAUUUGGAGAGAGAGGAUGGCAAGAAGGUUUUCCUUUUAGCCGGGAGGAAGAGAAAGAAGAGCAAAACAUCCAAUUACCUCAUCUCCAUCGACCCUACCGACCUAUCACGAGGCGGCGAGAGCUUUAUUGGCAAACUGAGAUCAAACCUUAUGGGUACCAAGUUUACGGUAUAUGACAGCGGUGUAAACCCAGUCAAGACCACCUCCAGCCUAGAAGCAGGGAAUCUACGACAGGAGCUUGCCGCAAUCUGCUACGAAACGAAUGUUUUAGGGUUCAAGGGGCCUCGAAAGAUGAGUGUCAUUAUUCCUGGAAUGAACAUGGACCAUGAAAGAGUCUCCAUCAGGCCUCGAAAUGACCACGAGUCUCUGCUGGCUCGAUGGCAGAACAAAAGCACCGAGAGUGUGAUAGAGCUUCACAACAAGACGCCUGUGUGGAACGAUGAUACGCAAUCAUAUGUGCUCAACUUUCAUGGCAGGGUCACCCAAGCAUCUGUCAAAAAUUUUCAGAUCAUUCACGACAAUGACCCGGAUUACAUUGUGAUGCAGUUUGGUCGUGUAGCAGAGGACGUCUUUACAAUGGACUACAACUACCCCAUGUGUGCCCUGCAGGCGUUUGCUAUUGCUCUGUCCAGCUUUGACAGCAAGCUAGCCUGUGAGUAGCCACCUCUCUCUGCCAGCCACAACCACGAAAGGACCCAGCCAGACUGCUUUACAAUCCCAAUCACUGAGUAAAGGGCUGCAGUGAACUCCAAAGCAGCAGGGUCCCUCUCGGAGGCAUGAAUGCAUAUCGAGUUUGACUCUUUUUGUGAAUGUGCGUGAGCAAGGUGGCAUUUCCGCUUUUUUCAAAAAGGGCAUCACAGUGGGGGAAAGCACAAAGACAUCAAAGCUCAAACGGGGGGAGAUUUUAAGAAGAGGAUGCAUUCAGAGUCAAAAAUCUCCUACUCACUUUCUUUACUUAACCGUCGAGGUAAAACUAACAUUUUGCUAAUGUUAAAAUAAGGAUCUUUUACAGUCGUACUUGUGUCCCUAAGAUUAAAAAACAAAAUAAUUUUACCAUGGUCAUAAUUCUAAAAGAAUUAAUGUUCACUAACCAAUCAAGUAUGAGUUUUUCACAAGAAAUGUAACAUGUAGCUGUGAUAUACUGUAACAGUUUGGAUAUUUGAUUGAAUGAACUUUUCUAAAAUGACUUUCAUAUGUGACACUUCUUCAGUUAUACAUGUCACUUGUCAUUUGAAUUGUAAUGUAUCAAUUCAUGCUUCACAAGGACUUCGAAGCCAGUGUGAAGUAUGAAAGUCUGACAUAUUUAUCCACUAUUUAUGUAUUUAUAGAUUUCCAUACCAUCUGCUGCUUGUGUCUUACCCCAUGCCCGUAAUUCAUUGUGCUUCAAGCACAACGGUGCCUUCACAUUCGAGCUUUUGGUGUGGAUUUAUUGAAAUUCAGCUGAUGAAUAUGUGACAAUUCCACAAAAUACAUGUAAUCAUUAUGAAAAUGGUUUAUGUGCUAUUUUAGGCUGCAAAAAUGGCUUUUAUAUCAUUAGAACAAAGCAAAAUGAAUGGUUCACCAUAUCCAGGUCCACACCAGUAGCUCUAGUGUGAAAGCUCUUUAAGUCCUACAUGGUGGAAGAAGUGUGUAGUAAGUCAUUUUAUGUGAGGGUCACUAUCAGGCUAAGUACAUGAUCAUCUCAUACUGACCCGCUACAUUUGUAGGGGAAUGUACUGAGCACUUUAUACGGAGAUUAAUGGUGGAACGCUGUAAAUAUUGUGCCUUUGGACGAAACACUUGUGAUGCUUGAAGUUGGUGAGAUGCUACAUUGUUUUCUUCAGCCAGUGUUGUUUAUCAUGCAGCUAAUUUGAAGCUUCUUUGUUCUUGAGAACAACCUGUAUAUUUCAAAGAUACUGGGCUGUAGUUUUCCAGAAUGAUCAGCUUUAGUUGCCUGCUUGUGGAGUAGUUGAUUUUCCAGAAGAACUCCAGAGUAACUACUUGAGAUAAUAAGGCGAAUAAGUACGUUUUCAUGCACUUUUAAAAAUUUGAUUAAUUUCUUUUUUUGCAGUGUUGGACUACCAGGACUUGACUGUAGCUUGAUUAUAACUGUGCAUGUAAACAUACUUAGCAACACAGUUAUUAAAUUAUCUGCUGCAUGAGGAUAAUUGUGAAAA